UGAACAUCGAAGGAAAAAAGGAAUAGUAGAAAAUAUUAAUAGUAACAUCCUUUUUUUYUCUCUCUCUCUCCUCUUCGAUCUCGGGCUUCGCUCGAUGAGGUUCGUCGCCGAAAGAAGGUCAAAGAUCGAUCGCCGACGAAGAAGGGUCGUGACCUCACGCGUACAUACUGACCCACGCGCGUAGUACGUUACGAGCCGGAGGAGGUGGAGGUGAAGGUGGAGGUGGAGGUGUAGGUGUAGAUGUAGGUGUAGUAGGUGUGGGUGUGUUUAUGUGUUAGUUAUUAAAAAAAGAGAAACGCGCCGGGAUGAGAGAAUGGACCAGUAUACGUUGUUAUUAUUAUUCUUAUUCUUAUUAGUAUUAUUCAAAUGGUGAGCCUUAGAAACCUAGAACAGGAAAAAAUUAAGAGGAAGAUAGAGAAGGGUAUUCGUUAAACUGCUACGAUUUUUACAUCGAUGAUCCUAGUUCGUGGAUUUAUACCUUCGCGUAGAGUAGACUUCACCUUCGAACGGACGAAAGAUCCCGGGAUCGGACGAGUAAGGAAGGAAGUGAAAGAGGAUAGAAGAAGAUCAUCAGUUUUUCGGGGUGUUAGGAGCACACGUGCUCGGCGACGGUGUAGAACUUCGUGAGAAAGAGUGAGAAUGGGGUGGAGGGAGGCUCGUUAGCAAUUCUACGACUAGCUGUGGAGCGAUGAAGAGAAAACAGAGCUGAGAAAGAGAGAGAGGACAAGAGGAAGUGGAAGAGGAAGAGGAAGACGAAGGAGAAGAAGAAGAAGAAGAAAAAGAAGACGGCGGAGAAGAGAGGCUGCUGGCUGCUUGUGCUUUGCGAACAAGCCAGACGGAUCGUUAUUUAUGAGGAUGCGUGCAAAAGUGUAAGGGCGCGACGGUGUGACUGAAAGUGCUUGAUCUGACGGGUGGUUAAAAGGGGGAGGUGGGUAACAAGGAGAAAGAGAGAUAGAAGAAGAAGAAGAAGAAGAACAAUAGGAAGAAAAAGAAGAAGUGGGGAUCGCAGAGAGUCGGUCAAAGGACUAAACAGACUGUCACGAACUCCUGGUUUGUAGAAAGAGAAGGAGAAGGAGAACUCGAAGAGAGGAGAGGAUAGGAGAGGAGAGUAGAGAAGAGAGAAGAGGGAGAGUAUUGUGGUGUGGUAGGGGUUUGAGAAAAGAGAAAAGGGGGUGGUCGCGAGAUGUCUCGCGAUCCUUAUUCGAGCGGUAGCGGCGUGGUAGGUCCGGGAGGCGGCACCCGCUCACCACGAAGCGGUCGUCGAGUCGGGGAACUACCGACCGUCGACCGUAGCCCCUCGAGAAGUUACGCGAGCGGUCGCGGAAGUCCUUUAGGACGAAAGAGGGGCACGCGUAGCGGGAACAAUUCGCCGGAGCACCUCGGAUACGGCAGCUACCAUCACCAUCAGCUGGUAAGCCCGUACUACUCUCGCGACGAGGACCUCGCCAGUCCCGUCAUGCUCGAGGAGAGGGGCAGGAGUAUGUCGACAGGGGGCGGGGGUAGCAGCGGACAUCAUAGAUCCAGAAGCGCCUCGAGACCCGCCAUGUCCAGCUCGGCGGGCAUGUCGACGGGGUAUACCAGCCUCGAUCGUGCUUCGGCAGGUAUUCUCGGUCAUGAUCGAGAGUUCGUACCGAUUCGAGAACCGCGUGAACGUAGCCGUGAUCGGAGUCUUUAUCUUGAGGAUGAAAUAUAUGGAUCAAGAUCGGCCAGGCAAAGUCCUAAUCCCCACAUGCUGCGUGACAGCGGUGGUUACAUCGGUGAGCUACAACAUCAGAACAAUGAUCUACAAAGGGAACUGGGUAAUCUCAAGAAAGAACUCGAGCUGACGAAUCAGAAACUCGGUAGCUCGAUGCACAGUAUCAAGACUUUUUGGAGUCCGGAACUGAAGAAGGAACGAGCCCUUAGGAAGGAAGAAAGCACCAAGUUUAGCCUCCUUAACGAGCAGCUCAAGCUACUCAGCACGGAGAAUCAGAAACAAGGCAUAAUAGUACGACAAUUGGAAGAGGAACUUAGAUUAAGGAUGCGUAAUCCGAACGUUGAGAUGCAACAACAAAUGGAAGUUUUGUUUAACGAAAAUGAACAUCUGACACGAGAAAUUGCCAUACUUCGUGACACGAUAAAGGAAUUGGAAUUGAGAAUAGAAACGCAGAAGCAGACAUUGCAAGCUCGCGAUGAAAGUAUCAAGAAGCUUCUCGAGAUGCUCCAAAACAAAGGGAUGGGAAAAGAGGAGGAAAGGAUCAUGUUCCAGCAGAUGCAGUCAUUGGCCCAGAAGCAGCUUUCUGAGGAGCUGGAAGAACUCAGAACGGAGUUGCAGAGAAGGGAUCAGGAACUAUUGGGGAUGUCAGCUAAAAUGAAAACAUUGGAGGAACAACAUCAGGAUUAUCAACGUCAUAUAGCCGUACUCAAGGAAUCCUUAUGCGCAAAAGAGGAACAUUAUAAUAUGUUACAAGCUGACGUCGAGGAAAUGCGGCAAAGGUUGGAAGAGAAGAACAGGAUGAUCGAGAAGAAAACUCAAGCAGCAAUGCAAGCGCAACAGGAACGCAACCGUAUGAACAACGAGUUAACUGAACUUAAGGAUCACAUGGAUAUCAAGGAUAGAAAAAUCAACGUUCUUCAACGGAAGAUCGAAAAUCUGGAGGAUCUGCUGAAAGAAAAGGACAACCAGGUUGAUAUGACCAGAGCCAGGUUAACGGCUAUGCAGGCCCACCAUUGCAGUAGCGAAGGUGCUCUUAGUACUCUCGAAGAAGCAAUAGAAGAUAAGGAAAAGCAAAUGGCACAAUUACGGGAACAGAGGGAUCGCGCUGAACAAGAGAAACAGGAAGAAAGGGAAUUACAUGAGCGAGAAAUUGCCGAGUACAAAAUGAAGAUUCAUGCUUUCGAGUCUGAAGUGGAGAAACUUGGUGCUCGAUUGGAAAGAGCACAAGCAGAAAAAGAUCGACUUGAGGCAAAACUAGAAAGUUCGCAAUCUGAGUUAGGCAAGAGCAAAGCCGAACUGGACAAAGCAGCAUCCGAAGUCGGUCGCAGUGGAGCCGAUUGGGAAGCCGCCAAGCAAAAGUUGGCCAGGUUGGAAUUAGAGAAGGAAAGACUCAGGCACGAAAUUGAAAGGACACAGACCUAUGGUAGGAGUACCUUGAAUUCUUCUGAGGAAAUAGAUCGAAUUCAAGAAAGAGCAGAGAAAACAGCAGCUGAUUUGAGAAGAGCUCAAGCUGAACUUAGGGUUACACAAGCCGAUAAUGAAAGGGCAAUGGCCGAAGCUGCUGCCCUUCAAGAAAAGGUUGAGAAGAGUCAAGGUGAGGUGUACAGGCUAAAGGCAAGAUUAGAAAAUGCUCAGACGGAACAAGAAAGUCUACGAGAGGAAUAUGAUCGAGCUCAAUCAUCAGCAGCACGUCUUCAUUCGGAAAAAGAAAAGGCAAUAGGUGAACUCGAAAAAGCCCAAGAGGAACUGGAACGCACCCAAGCCACACUCGGCAAGGCACAAUUGCAGCAAGACAAAUUGCAGAAUUUACUCGAUAAAACUCAAAGCGAGGUAGACAAACUUCAAGAGAAACUCGACAAAUCACAAACCGAAGUUCGUAGAAUGCAAAUGGAAAGAGAAAAACAAAAUUAUGAUUUUGAGAAUUUGCAAAGUCAAUUGGACAAGGCAUUGGGUCAAUCAACCAGAAUGCAAAAAGAACGAGAAACGAUACAGUUGGAGGUUGAUCGUCUUCAAGACAAAUACGAAAAAGCUCAGAUGAUCAUGCAACGACUUCAGAAGGAAAGAGACACCUUCCAAGUAGAAACAGAAACGUUGAACGAAAGGAUAGAGUUCCAACAGAGUCAAAUAGCUAAGAUGCAACGUGAAAAGGAAAAUGUAUUGUCCGAGCUCGAAUUAGUGAAAGAAAGAUGGGACAAGACGCACAAUUCUCAUCAGAAGCUAACCAUCGAGCGAGAUGACGCAUUAACAGAGGUUAAAAUUUUAAAAGAGAAACUGGAAAAAGCUCAAUAUUCUAUAACAAAAGCUCACGAGGAACGAGAAAGCGUAAGCAAGGAAUUUGAAAAAAUGUUAGAGAAAUACGACAGAGCUCAGAGCGACGUGUAUCGGCUACAAAACCGAAUCGAAGUGAUGGAAGCCGACAAGGAUAGAUUGGAGCUCGAAGCUGAGAAGCAACAGAUGCUGACGGCUAAGAGUAGAGAGGACGCGCGUAAAGCUCAAGAAGAAUUAGCCAGGGUCCAAGAGAUGUACGACAGGGCUGCUUUACAGCUUGGUCGAACGAAAGAACAGGAAGAGAAAUCUAAAGAGGACCUGGAUAGGCUGGCGGUCGAUCUCGAGAUGAUGCGCGAACGUUACGAAAAAUCUCAAAUAGAAUUGCGUCGUUUACAGAACGAACGUGAAAAAUUGGUAGGUGACAACGAACGAAUAACAUUCGAAUUGGAUAGAGCGCAUACGCAAUUGAACAAGGUUCAAGCGGCUAUGGAGAAAACCCAGGAAGAAUUGGCACGUAUGCAGUUGGAGAUCGAAAAGGUUUACGAGAAAUACGACCGCCAGCAAGCCGAAGUUAGGAAAGCUCAAGCUGAGGCUGAGAGAUCUAAAGCCGAAGCUGAAAGCGCGCGAGUCGAGUGCGAAAGGUACGCGACUCGAUUCGGUAAAUAUCAGGAAACUCAAGGACGUCAGAAGGAGGAAAACGAAUUGGCGAAACUGGAGGUCGAGAGGCUACGUGAUCGUCUGGAGAAGGCACUGGCGGAAUUGGAGCGUGCGAGGAAGGCCGAGCAGGACGCAUCGAGGUUGCGCGCCGACUUGGAACGAGCGGAGGGUGUUCGAGGUAAAUACCAGUACGAACAGGAGAAAUGGCAGAGCGAGGGUAGUAGGCUACAACAGGAGGUCGAGAAACUGAGGGAACGCCUAGAGGGUCGGGAAGCCGAAUUGAAGAGGCACCAAUCGAGCAACGCAGAACUCGAGGAGAAGCUGCACGAGACGCAGCUUCAGCUCGAGCGUGCUCGCGAGGAAACUAACAAGGCAAAUGCCGCGCAAGAGAGGAAUCGCGGCGAAAUCGAAAGGGCUAGGAUCGAGACCGAGAAGAUACGUGAUCGGCACGAUAAAAUCAAGGCUAAGUCAGACGCCCUCGAAGCGGACAACGAAAAACUCCGCGUCGAGAUCGUCAGGCUGGAGAGGUUGAUGCAGACCGAGGGUAAAACGAGAUCCGAGAGCGCGAGCAUCGAAGUCGAACGGUUGAGAGCAAGCCUGGACAAGGCCUUGACCGCUCGUAAUCAGGUUGAACUCGAGGCUGGUAGAUUGGCUAAAGAACUCGAGAAGGUUCAUAUGCAGACGACCAAGUAUCAAGAGGCAGCCGAGUUGAACAAGAAGGAGCUCGAGCGUCUAGCCGCUGAGAUGACCUUGCUAAGAGAGGAGAGGGACGCGCUCCAUCAGGAGCUACGCCGCAACAAUAUGCUUCAACAGCAGAAGCAACAAGUCACCGAGGAUGUGGUGAGAAUGGAACACGAGUUGCAACUGGCGCAACGAGAGCGCGACAAGAUGGCGGCCAUAUUGGAGAACAGGGAAAAACAUUCGGAGAAGAUAGAAAAGAUCAAGGAAAAACUCGAGGCCGAGGCUAAGCAAUUGCAGGUCGAGAGGGAUCAAUUGGUUAUUCAAUUAGAAAAAUCUCAAGAGAUGUUGGUCAAUUUCCAACAGGAAUUGAAUGCAAACGAGGCGGAACUCGAGCGUCAACGGGAAGAGGUGCGCCGUUUGCAGCAACUGCAACAACAACGAGUGCACGCGCAAACACCCGAUCGUGCCGCGAAGGAAGCUCUCGAGGCAAACAUGCGGGAGGUACAUCGAUUGAAUCAACAAAUUCAAACGCUUACGCAGGCACAAACAAAGGAACGCCAGAGAGCGGAGCAAGCGGAAAAACGUGUGCAAGAACUUCAAAGGCAGAUCACAACAAGGGGUGCCGAAAGUGGUUCGGUCGCCACCGAGGCGCAACUCGAACAAUGGAGGAAACUCUGCGAAACGGAGAAACAACGCGCGGACGCUGCUGAGAGACAAGCAACGGAACUUCAGAAGCACAUCCAAUCGAUCGAGAGACAAUUACACGCCCAGCAACAGCAAAUACAACAAAUGCAGAUGACGAUUCAACAGCAGCAACAACAGCUUCAACAACAACCGGCAGCCGGGCCGCAAACGCAGAACGGGCAGGAGGCGGCUCGAUUAAGAAAAGAACUUGAGCGCGCUCAAGAGGAAAUUAAACAGGGCACGGUUGAACGCGAGAGGUUUAAGGCGCAGCUCGAGAUGCUGUGCCAGGAAAUCGAGAAAAAUCAGGUGGAUCUCCACGAGGCGAACAAGAAACUAAAAGCUGGAGCCGCGAAAGCUGGCGCCGAUUCUAGCCAAGAGAAGAAACAAUUGGAAGAACAGAAACGUCAGAUGGAGGAACAGAGGAGACAAGUGGAGGAACGAGCCAAAUCCAUAGAACAAAAAGCUAGAACGAUAGAAGAGAAGGAGAGGACGCUCCAAGGUCUCGACCAAGAUUUGAAAAAACGUAAAGCGAAAAUGGAUCAGUUGGAACAACAAUUACAAAGGAGCGGUGGGUCACCGGAUAAGAGAUUGGCGGAAAUGCAAAAAUCAUUGGAAGCUGCCGAAAAGGAAUUGGAAAAGGCAAAGGAAGCGUCCGAGAGAAGCACAGCGGAAACUGAAAGGCUGUUGCAACUCGUACAAAUGACGCAGGAAGAACAAAACACGAAGGAGAAGAAAAUCAGAGAACUUCAAGAUGCACUCAAAGCCGCACAAGCCAAGUUGAAACAAGCUGCAACUGCACAGCAACAAGAGGAUUCCUUGGACGAAUUGAAAGGUGUUAUGGACAAAAGAUCUCGUAUAAAUGACGAUUGGAAGAACGAGAUGAAAAAUCUUAGCGGUAACAGGACUAUGACUAAGGAUGACGAGGAAAAGGACGAGAUUGUGUCGUGUAAAAAAGAUUUGGAGGAUAAAAAUCGCAGAAUCAUGGAACUCGAAGAGGAAAUGUGUUCGAUGAAAAAUCUUCUUGAAAAUUCGAAAGAAAUUCAACAAGUUAAAUUUGUUAACACGAAAGACAACAACGACGAGUCUUGGAAAAAGGAGGUUGAAGCUAAGAAUCGUAGGAUCAUUGAAUUGGAACAAGUUAUGGCAUCAUUGGAAAAUUUCUUGAAGGAACAUACCGAUACCGAAGGUAUCAGAGAACUCGAGGCCAUUGUAGAAAGGAAAAAUAUGAGAAUCGACGAACUCGAGGAUACCGUUGCCGAGUUCGAAGAUUUUCUUAAAGAAAAUCCUGAUGUCAAAGAAUUACACGAUUUACGCCGACAAGUUAAAGUUUCUGAUAGAAGGAUUCAAGAAUUAGAAGAUUGGAUACGUAGAAAUGAUGAAACUACUACCGAAGGUGGAAUUAAUCGUGCUAGAAUCAUGGAACUCGAGGAAAUGGUCACUCAUUUGGAGGAUUAUGUUAAGAAACAUAACGUUGAUGUACUCAAACAGAAACUUCAAGAUCGGGAAUGUAGAAUCGAACAACUUCAAUCUCGCGUCAAUACUUUGGAAAAGGAAUUGAUCAAAUUCGAACAGAAUCUCGAAUUUCAUAAGACAUCCUUGGAGAGUACGAAGUGUCACUUGAAGGAUUCAGCCAAUGAUCCAAUAGUUUCUAACAACGAUACUCGUGUGAAAGAACUCGAAAGAUUGGUAUCGGAAAAAAAUGUAAAAAUUGAUGAAUUAGAGGAACGAAUCGUCGAGUCAAAAGAUCAAAUAACCGAGAUGCAAAAAGAGAUGGCCAGAUUGGAAAGAGAAUUGAGCGAAUACGAGGCGGAAGAUAUUGGCGUGCUUAAAGAAGAGAUAAGAGUAAGGGACGAAAGGAUUUUACAAUUGGAAGACGAAAUCGAUUCCCUUGAAAGGGCUUUUAACGAGGGAGUCGAUCUCGAACAGAUUGAAGAGCUUAUGAACGUUAUUAGUAAAAAACAGGACAAGGAACGUCAGUUUGAAAAGGAUAUUGAAUGUAAAAAAAAUCGAAUCGAGGAACUUAGCGAGGCUCUUCGUGAAAGUGUCGUUAUUGCCACUGACGGGGAGAAAAGACUUCAACGAGAGGAAAAGUUGAAAAAGAAUGCCCUCGAAAGAGUUGCAAAACUCGAGCAAAGAAUAGCUUCGAUGCAAACAGCAUCAGCUUUGAAAUGUCCUACGUGCAGACCACUGCUUUCUAAGCUUCAAACUUCCGAAAAAAUGCUUCAACGUUUGACCGAAGAAAGAUGCUCUCAAUUGGAAGAUCUUCAUCAAAUGAAACGAGAAGCAUUGAAAGCAGCUGUUUCAGAAAAGGACGCACACUUGGCAUUGCUCGAACUUUCGGGUAUAAAAACAGCUUUGCAGGCCGAUCAAGCUGACAAAUUAAAAGCUGAAAGAAAGAAAUUACUUGACAGGCUGAAAAAAGAAGAUGAAAGAAGUAUUGAAAUGUCUUUAGAAACGAGCUCAUUGGAUUCGGAUACAACCAUACAAGCAUUUGCAGAAAUACUCGAAACAUCUGAGGACGAGGACAAUAAGGAUACGGUUGAUGAUAACGAAGAUCCUGUCGACAAGGCGAGUUCUCAUAAAUCAGAGAUCACCACUACCAACGGCGACAGCUGCAACCAUGCUACGACGGAUUCUAGAGAAAGAGAGUGAGUGCACAAGUAGUAUCAGCAGCUAAUAACCAAAACAAAAUCAACAUACAUCACCACCCCAACAAGGAAAUAAUACCAGAUAAGUAAACGGAGAUGAUUCUACGAUAUUUCAGUGUAGAGAAACAAAACCAACCAACAAAACAAACCAAAAAAAAAAAAAAGAGAAAAAAAAUUACUAAGAUUGUUCCUUUCGUUUCUUCGAUGUUGUCAUGUGCACCCACACGCAAUCGUAGAAGCAGAUUUAGAAAGUAUAUUUAGAAUUGUA